AUGAGAAAACGCCGUCCUUCUACAGCAUCAGAGGUGAAAUUUGAGUUUGUAUAUGAGGGACGAACUCGAUACAAACGAGAAAAUAAGCCGGAAAAUCUGGUAAACACAGGUAAUCAGUUUAAAACACAGAAUUCUGAUGGAAAGAUUCAGAGUAUAUUUACCCCUAGUAUUAUACUAAAACAGUAUGAUUGCCUUCGAAGUUUUCUCAUGCAUUCGGAUAUUUCAAUUUGUUCCACUGCUUUUAUUUCAGAGAAAUAUCUUGAUCUUAUUGGCUACACAUUUAUGAUGCAACUAAAUUCAACCUCAAAUGCGCAAUGUCUAUACAUAGCUUUAUGGAGAAGGAAAUGUUCCCGUUGGUGCCAAUCCGCAUGGGAUGGUAAUAAACAAUGCUUAUUAUCAUUGCGAAGUGAACCUACAGACUUCACAGAAAAAACGAAAGCUUUAGAACGAAAUACUAUUUCUUGUGAACCAGAUAAGCAUAAAACUUACGUUCCCUGUGACGCAAUGCACGAAAUGAAUGAAGUUUAA